UAUUAGAAGGUACACAUUUCCUGUUUCCUAGCAACAAAAGGAAGUGUUUGUUAUAUUGGGGGAGCUGAUAUAAAUAAUUAGUGAUGCCCCUCUAGGCCUUGGUUGGUCUCUCUCUAGCCGGGAAGCUCGCGUACUACCCCAGGCCGCAUACCCGUGUUACUCCUCUGCCUUGUGCUUGGUACAGCCGUCGCUCCCUUCCAUCAUAGGCCUUAUUUACUUUAUCCCUAUCUCCCCUCAUUCAUUUAUAUUAUUAGGCCCGAAUUACUACGUAAAACCCCCCUCUUUAAUUUUUACGACUUUAUUUACUUAUUUAUAAAUAUUUACUUUUAUAUUUUAUUCUUUAAUAGUUGUUUAUUUUUAUUUUUGAAGUCACCUUGUUUACCUACCUUCAUCAGCCAGGACAGAUACAUAUUGUUUUUGUAUCCUCUUAAAAUUCUGCACCUGAGGAUUAGUUUGAUACAACCAUUACGAUGGGACACAUUCGGACUUUCCAUUUGAAUGGAGGACAAUUUUACGUUUGAAAUACAGAUAUCUCAGAUGGACUGCGCUCCUUGCACAAUGCAAGCUUAGGAUGAUAUUAGUUCAGAUUACCUAUAAUGCAAUUUCAAGGGACUACUUGGCUGUGUUUUAAAAACACAUUGAAGAUGUUCUAUUCCUACCUCAAAACGACUAGCAUAGAGCUGAUGCUGUGAAAACCCAAACCAUUCCAGAUUGAACAUGGAUGAAAAACUCUUAGAGGCUGACCAAGAGGAUGGGGCAUAUGAAAAUCCUCUGAGCUGUGAUCAGUACCCCAGUACCUUCCCUGAGUUGGAGAGUUCUCUAGAAACCCACAAAGAUGAAAGACCAUAUGUAUGCAACCAGUGUGGCCGAAGUUAUCGACAUGCUGGCAGCCUGGUGAAUCAUAAAAAAACCCAUCAAGUAGGCUUGUUUGCAUGCCUUAUCUGUCAAAAGGAGUAUUCCAACCCCAUGGGCUUGAAAAACCACCUGAGGAUUCAUUCAGAAGAGAAACGUUUUACGUGUGAUGAUUGUGGAGAAAGUUUUCGAAUGUCAAGGCAGCUUUUUAACCACAGAAGAACGUCUCAUGGCUUGUACUCCACCUCAAAUGAGGAAGGCAUUCCAAGCAGCCAUGAAAGCCUAGAUGCAGCUGCUUCUGUCUUAGUAGAGAACAGUACUUUACUUAGCAAUCUGGAAAACUAUAUAGCUGAGUCCAUGGUACCAGGAGACUUUUCACAGCUGGCCACCAAGUAUUACCCUGAUGUAAAGUCUCCAGCAGAUGAUUCAGUAAAUCAAGAAACUGAAAGACUGGAUGCGGCUCCUGAAGAAAAAGAACAGAUGGCUGACAGCAAUUAUGAAGAACGUCGGUACAAAUGCAACCAGUGUGGGAAAGCUUAUAAACAUGCAGGUAGUCUUGCCAACCACAGGCAGACCCAUACAGUUGGGGUGUAUCAAUGUGCUGUCUGCUACAAGGAGUUUUCAAAUCUCAUGGCCAUGAAGAACCACUGCCGCCAUCAUUCAGAGUCCAGAAGUCAUCGACGAUCCAAAUUGUCCCAUUCCUACAUGCAGCAGAAUCACCCUGUGGACAAUGCAGGUUUAUCACAACAUACUGAGUCACGUUCUAGAGACUUGAUAGAAAAAACAGAAGAUCAACAAAAAAUGUCUGAGGUCUCUGAGAACAGCACUUCUGAGGAAGAAGCCCCAAAAAUGUCAUUCCAGAGUUCUCAGGAUGUUGAACCUGUACCUUUAAACUCUUCUGCAAAGACUGAUACAGCUAUGAACUUUGACCCUCUGCUUCAGACUUUAAGCAGAGAUAAUACUGUGCAUGAGGUACAUAUUACAGAUAUUGAUGCAGGUUUCUCAGUAGAUAACCAUGAGGCUGGCCAGAUGUCUUUUUCUCAGUCUGGCUCUGAAAUUGCAGAUGAAGAAGAAUCCAAAUCUGGUGAGAACUUGGAAAACAGACCUUUUAUGUGCCAAGAAUGUGGAAGGACAUACAGACAUGCUGGUAGUCUCAUCAACCACAAAAAAACACACCAGACUGGUGUGUAUAGCUGCUCUAUAUGUUCCAAACAAAUGUUUAAUAUGGCAGCCCUGAAAAACCAUCUUCGAGCCCACUUCAAAUCUAGGGGUGGGAGAAAGAUGGAGGACACAUACUUUCCAUCCAACAGUUUCUCCAGUGAGCCCUUCCAGAGUCCAGAAGAACCAUACCAGUGCAGUAUUUGCAGCGAAGUAUUAACUUGUGAGAAUGACUUUCUGCAACAUCAAGCUCUUCACCAAGUUGAGGAUAUGGUGGAAACUAACAAUAUCCAACAAACCGAAGAGGCUGUUGGAUCUGAUAGCUGUUGUGAAAAUCCUGUAAGUUCCCAAGGCAGCAGUGAGGACUCUGCAUAUUUCAGUGGCCCUGGUAUUCCAGAUGCAAUCAAAAGGGAGGUGGACAAUCUUGCAAUUCAGCAGCCACAGCCUCAGUGGAACAAAAAUAGGUCCCCAGAAAUACUUAAUGAAAACACUAAGAAGGAAGGUCCGGAUUUGAGUUUACAAAGUUCAUUGCCACGGUUAGAGCAGUCUCCAAAUGACCCCAUUGUUUUAAAAGAGGCAGACUCCUCUGAAAUAGAAGAACAAGGUGUUUCCCAAGAAGAUCGUCCAUAUAAAUGUGAUGCUUGUGGAAGGGAUUAUCGUCACAAGAGUAGCUUGUUAAAUCAUAAACUCACACAUCAAACAGGAGUCUAUCAAUGUUCUAUCUGUCCCAAGCAAUAUUCUAACUUAAUGGCGCUACGAAACCAUAUUCGUUUUCAUGCUAGAUCACACACUGGAAGAAGAGGUAAUAUUUCCAGGCAAAGUCGUCAAAUGUUAUUCAGUGAGCAAAGGACUAUGCACAUAAAAUCUGAUUCCCCUUAUGAAACAUCUAUAGAAUUAAAUCCAAAUGAUGAUUCUUAUUUAAAUCAUGGCCAUGAGGCUGACAGUAAGGAAGAAGCAUUAGAAGAGCCCCAUAUCUGCAGUUGUUGUGGGGAUUUUUUUGAUAGUGUAGAGAGUUUACAAACACACAGAGAAUCAUGCAGUCACAACAUCACAGCCCCCAUAUCUGAGGAAUAUGCCACAGACUUGAACGAGGAUAAUAGUAUGCAGAUAGAAUAUGAAGAUAAUGUUUGCAGAACAGCAGAAACAGAGAAUGGACGAGAUAAUCAAGGAAAGAGGUUAUAUGAGUGUGACCUUUGUGACAAGUCUUACAGACAUUCAGGGAGCUUAAUAAACCAUAAACGCACCCAUCAAACUGGGGACUACAUUUGUUCUGUUUGUUCGAAACAUGUUCAUAACUUGGCUGCCUUAAAAAAUCACCUUCGAAUUCACCAUAAAGUUAAAAAAGGGAAUAGAGAACAAUAUGACAGCUCUGGGGUUCUGUAUCCCGAUGUCUCUUUCUCCCAGGACAAUAGAGGGUUGUUUGGCUGUUCAAGUUGUGAGGAAAUGUUCCAAAGUGAAGAUGAACUGGUGACUCACCAAGAAGUGCACAUGGGGCAAGAUGAAGGCAGUUGGGAACAGCAGAUGGAAGAUGUGAAUGAAAUUGACAAUGAUGUCCUAGGUUUUAACAAUCAGCCAGCCGCUGACCUAGAGCAGAACAAAUCUGUCUUUGGUGCAGUGUGUAAUGAUUGGGAUCCUUCAUGCAGUUUGGAACAGAAUUUUCAAAUGAGGCAAAAUGAAAUGGUUGAAAAUGAAACAAUUGAAUAUUCAGAUGUCCAAGCAUGCUCUUACACAUGUGGAGAGUGUGGGGAUGUUUUCAGCAGUACAGAAAGUCUGAGUAACCAUAAACAAACCCAUCAGAUAGGUAUAUAUCAAUGUUCAUUCUGCCCUAAAGAAUAUCCUAAUCUCUCAGCCCUGAGAAAUCAUUUUCAGUCUCAUACCAAGUCCCAGGCUAUUAGAAGCAACAACAGAGAAAACUUAGAUGCCUCAGAGGAUAUAGAGCAUACUGAUGCACAUUCUUCAGAGGAUAAUAGUUAUGACUGUGGGCACUGUGGGAUGCUGUUUUCUAAUGAAGCAGACUUUCACCAGCACCAGGUGGCACAUGAAAAUCAUGUGAUGCAUGAGACUUCUCCAGGCCUGCACAGUGAUGGAUGUGCAUCAGAAUUCCCUUUUUCCAUGCAUUCUUCUGAACAAGAGCUGCUAAAUCGAAUCAAGACUGAGAUAGAGGAAGGUGGUGACCCUAAUGACUCGGGCUAUGGAGGAUCUCAACUAUCGCACAUAUGUGGUUUCUGUGGAAAAACCUAUGAUGACCUAGAGAGCUUGAAGACACAUAAUUUAAGCCAUUGUGAUGAAGUGCCCUCUUGUGAUGAAACCCAAGUUACUGAAGAGAAAGCGGAGAAAGAAAUUAAAGAAAUUACCAGGGCAAAAGAUGCAAUUGACUCUACUGAACCUUCCAAGAAUGCCGGAAGCCCAGAAAACCGACCAUACACUUGUGAUCAGUGUGGAAAGACUUACCGCCAUGGUGGGAGCCUAGUAAAUCACAAAAAAACUCAUCUAGUGGGUAACUUCCAGUGCUUUGUAUGUUCUAGGCAGUAUCCAAAUAUGGCUGCUUACAGAAAUCACUUACGCCAUCACCCCACAUGUAAGCGGGGUGCACUCCACAAUAUACAAGAAUUUGCAACUCCAAACCUACUUGAUAGCACAUACAGUGGUGGAAAUGGGGAGCUGUUGAACCAUCCCAUUACUGCUGUUGUCCCUUUACCAGAUCCAUACUCCUCCCAGAAUAUUUCUAGCGACUCAAAUCCAUGCAUAGAGCCUGUAACUAAAGAUAUAAAUAUUCACUUAGAUGAUCAUUCCCCUUCUAAAGUUAACAUGCAGACUCAAACAAACCACAUCAAGCCAUUACGUAGAUCUUCCAAAAAAGAAAAUCACACUUUGGAUGAUGUAAUUCAGAGUACAUCUUUGAGUGACUCUCAAAAUAUAUUGAGUUCAGAUGACAAAAGCUUUCAAAUAUGUGAAUUCUGUGGUAAAUUAUUUUUUGAUGUAAAUGAGCUGAUAAUACAUCUGUCAAGCAAUUGUGGUAGCAAGCCCACAAAUAUCAGGAAUAACCUAGGAGAGGACAGUGUUCUAAGUGAAGAAGGGGAAAGUCCCCUUGUUGGGCAACUACAGACAAAGCAACGAACAGAGACAGGGUUCCACCAACGCCCAUUCCGCUGUGAAGUAUGUGGUAGAAGUUACAGACAUGCUGGAAGUCUGAUAAACCACAAGCAGUCUCAUAAAACUGGCGUUUUCCGCUGCUCCAUAUGUCAGAAACGUUUUUUCAAUCUCAUGGCAAUGAAGAACCACAACCGUAUCCACUUUGAGUUGAAGAGGCACAAGUGCUUUGACUGUGGCAAAGCUUUCCGCCUACGUAAGCAAUUGGACACUCACCAAAGAAUACACAAACAAAGAGCUGCCACCAAAAAGGGACGCCGUAACCGUAAAGGUAUAAAGAUUCGCAAGAUCUCUGUGGUAAAGCAGGAACAAAAGUCUUCUCUUAAUUUCCCUAGAAAAAAUCUAUCUAGUAUUUCUCUUCGCCAAAGGGUAUGUGAGACUGAGCCAAUGAACCUACCUGCUGCCGUUCCAAGUAGUAUUAAGCAAGAUCUGAACCCUGAUUCCCGACCUUACCAGUGCAAUCAGUGUGGACGGUCAUACAGACAUGCAGGAAGCCUUGUCAAUCACAAGAAAAGCCACACUACUGGUCAGUACUUUUGUUCAAUUUGUGAUAAGACUUACCCAAACCUCAUGGCCAUGAAAAACCAUCAGCGUACUCAUUAUGAAGCAAAACGGCAUAUCUGCCCAGAGUGUGGAAAGGCAUUCAAGUGGCAGAGACAAUUGAUCAGGCAUAAGCUUGUCCAUGCACAACAGAUUGCAAAGUUAAAUUCUCAAUCAUUAGCUAAGGAUGUUCAAACUAUUGAAGAAUCUUCAAGCCAAGAAGGGAGCAGUGAACCUCCUCACAAAAAAAACAGAAGUGCAAAUGAAGCUUCAAGUCUUGACCCAUCAUCACCUUUAAAGCCAGUCUGCCAAGAAUGUGGAGUUUUAUUUGUCAGCUAUGAUGAACUAGAAAAUCAUGUUUGCAGAGAAACCCAUGGUGCAAGUCAAAUAAUUGGACAUAACCAAAGCAAAGAUGAUGGAACUACAGAACCUGAUCAAGUACAUCAGUCAGAGGUGCGACCAUACAAGUGUAAUGUGUGUAACCGUACCUAUCGCCAUGCUGGAAGUCUUCUUAACCACAAGAACACUCACAAAACUGGGGUUUAUAAAUGUUCUCUGUGCCACAAACAGUUUUUUAACCCGUUGGCUAUGAAGAACCAUCUUCGUAAUCACACUGCAAAGAAACGCUUCCAGUGCCUUGUAUGUGGGAAAGCUUUUCGGUCUUCCCGAGAGUUAAUUUGUCAUCACAGAGUACACACUGGAGAGAGGCCUUUUCACUGUCCUGUUUGCAACCGUAGAUUUAGCAGUAAACUGACCCUUAGACAACACCAGCGCACUCACAAGGACUUGUCUGCCCAUGUUCCUUCACGAUUAAUCUCAUUAGUGCAUAAAAAGGAUGAAAGUACCAAGAACAGUGAAGAUGAUCCAUCAUUGUCUAGUGAAGAUAUGCCAAACCAAAAUAUUACAAACUCCCAAGAAGAACGUAGAUUUAAAUGCAAUCAGUGUGAAAGGUCUUACCGUCAUGCUGGUAGUCUUCUCAACCACAGAAAAACUCACAGCACAGGUGUUUAUCAGUGCCCUGACUGCCACAAAGAAUUCUUCAAUCUCCUUGCCCUUAAAAACCAUCUCCGAAUACACCGGUAUCCAUGCCAGGACUGUGGAAAGGCUUUUCGCAUUGCCAGUCACCUGGCAACACAUCGCAAGAUCCAUGAACAAGGUGGACCAUUCACAUGUUCGGUUUGUAGCAAGCGCUUUUUCUGCCGGUCCAGUUUUGAACGGCACCAGCUGGCACAUAGAAGCCAGGACAACGAAGGACUGGAGUCCCCGGCUGUGGGCAGCUUAAUGGUGGAGGUGACAUAAAUGCAUCAGAGAACUUUGGAGUGUUGGGUGAAUUUAAACCCUAACAAACGACUCUGCACUCCACUUCCUCACUGUUAAGACUAAUAACACUUUACUUUUUUUUUUUUUUUUAUACCCUUUCUGAGUGCCAUAAAGAUAUUUAAUGUUUGUCUCACUUGUAGAUACAAAACUCAUGUAUGUUCCUAUCCAAACCAAGACACCAAACAAAGUGGCUCUUCAUAUAUUUUAUUUUAUUUUCUUCAUUUUAUCAUUGUCAUAUUUUUUUUUUUUUUAUUAUUUUUUUUGGGCAAGGGUCAGACCCUUCCUUUUUAAAAGAUGCACUUCUGUGGAUAUAAUAUGGUGCUUUUAACAGAACUUUAGACACUGUCUCUUGAAGAGAUGUGGCGUUGCAAUUCUCCACAACAUAUGUAGAGUAGAUUUAUCUGUAUCACCUCCCAAGGCAGGCUCCUAAAUAUUGUGGCUGCAAACUGCUUGGGGCUGAUAUUAAGACUAUUUGGGUGGGAUUUAUACUAGGACGACACAUUUGCUUGAAACAGGUCUACACCUCCCAUAAACAAGGCUGUUAUUUGAAUUCCUUCCUUUUUAGCCUGCAGCACUGUGCAGCAACGGGCUUAAUUUAUAUUGUACAGGGUUCUGCGAACCUGCAAGACAGUGUGGGAUGGGUACUGGGGAUUAUGCAGAUAAAUUAAUUUGUAAAUGC